AUGGCCAGCCUUACUCUUCCGCAGGAGGAGUCCUCGUUCUCGCUCCGAAGUCAGGAUAACAGUUCCUCGAAGGGCAGCCGAGUCACCAAUGAAGAAUGGGAGUCAGCCAAGACAGAGACAGAGCACAUCUAUAUUGAUCAGGACCAAACCCUUGCAACGACUAUGGAAGCGAUUCAAUACAAGUAUGGUCUUGAGGCAAGUGAACGAAAAUGGAAACUCAAGUUGAAAGAGUGGGGCUUUGAAAAAUAUCUAUCUUCAGCCGCGAUGAAGAUUCUUGUUGCAAAGGCGGAGCGACGCGCCGUAGUAGAGCACAAGGAUACGGCUUUCAGAGAAGGGCCAGCGGCGUCACCAAGUCAACAAACACCAGCGAAUGUCUUUUACUAUACACCCUGCAUGAACAACCUAGAAGACAUAUCUGGACGUACUUUCGGCAAAAUGGGACCGGGUUCUGGUUUCACCAUGUGGAAUGUCAUCACGAUAAAUGAGUUUCGGGAUCGCUAUCCGUCUAUCAAUUCCUUCAAGGAACUCCUUUCAAUGUCCAACUCCUCAACCCAACGGCCUCAAGGUGUAUCUGCCGCUAUAUCAGACAAUUCCAGUCUCCUUCCUUCCAGACUGAGCACCCUUGCUGGUUACGUCAAUUACUUUAGCAAAAGCAUUUCUUGGUCUCCAGAAGAAAUUAAACUCAUGUAUCCUGAUUGGUACCCCGAAACUGCUAGAAACAUCGCAGAGGAAGUACUUUCGAUUAGUAUUGAUCUUUCUCUUCGAGACGAGUCAGAAAAGAUCUCUUUGCUCAAUGGUGAUCCCAAGGACAUCGAGGUAUCCGCAGCAAACAACCAGUCAACCUUUCUGCCCCAUACUACACAUCGUCACACAUUGUUAAACGAAACCACCUUGUCACUACUUGAAAUGUGUCAGAUUUCGCCGCGCCCACCAGAAAUUUUGUUGAAAGCGUUGGAGAUGCUAGACAUACUGUUUCAGCUGAAACUUGAUCCGUCCAUGUCUGACAGUUUCAUACUGGCUCAAAUUUGUGAAGCGAAAGGAGAGAACGAUGAAGCCGAGACUUUCUAUCGUCAAGCUAUCAAGUCCUUUACGAAGAUAGAAUACCUGAUUGACGAUAAGCCCCCCAAAGUUCAGCACCACUUCGGCAAAUUCCUCAUGAAAAUCAACCGGGACGGGGAAGCACUCCUUAUGCUGCUCAAUGUUUUUACCGACUGGAUGUCAAGAAUAGAUCGUGUAGGCACCGGGAGUUUUUUUUCUGAAUCGCGGCAGCACUUCUACUCAGAUGAAUGCGGGGAGAUCAUGAAGUCUCUUCAGGUCCUCCAUGCGAAGAUGAACCAAGAUGGGACUUUCGCCUGGGCACAAGCCAGCGUAUCUAGGCUACAAACGCUCCGUCAGGGUGUAAAUAUUUUCGGCAAGGAAGAGUCCCUACUUGAAUUUAUGAGACUUGGUGCUGCUUACUCCGAGUUGUGGAUGUUCGACGCCGCAAGCCUGGUCUUUGGAUUUGCUGCUCCUCGCCUUGAACCGUUCAACAGUCGACGUCAUGCUUUUGAACGAGCUUGUGCAUACGGAGACUAUGCGCAACACUGCAGGAGGCAAGGUUCACCGGCAGACCAAUCCACGCUGGAGCUGGCAUUUCGUUGCAUCCAAGCAGUCCGUCGUUAUGGCGAAUCACUGGGUCCUCAGGAAGCACAUUACGAGCUAAUGGCUCGAAAAGAUCCCGCGCUGUCUCGUUGGAUGCGCGGGGAGGGUGUUGAAGCAGAGCCUCCAUUCUAA